AUAAAUCUUGCUACAACUGUGACAACAGACAGAAGAAACGUAAACAUGGAGAGGAUUAGCCUUUUGGGGAUUGUAAUCUUGGGUUUUGCUGGGUUUUUGGGCUCAGUUCAAGCAGAUUUGAAGCUGGGUUUUUAUGGUGAGAGCUGCCCUAAAGCUGAGAAAAUUGUGUUGGACUAUGUCAAGAAGCAUAUCCCAAAUGCCCCAUCUUUGGCAGCAGCCCUUAUCAGAUUGCACUUCCAUGAUUGCUUUGUGAGGGGUUGUGAUGGAUCAGUUCUGAUAAACUCCACCUCAAGCAACCAAGCUGAGAAGGAUGGUACUCCAAAUCUAACCCUACGAGGCUUUGACUUCAUUGAAAGAGUGAAGAGUGUGGUUGAAGCUGAAUGCCCCGGCAUAGUCUCCUGUGCAGACAUCCUUGCUUUAGUGGCCAGAGACUCCAUUGUUGUCACUGGUGGUCCAUUCUGGAACGUCCCAACUGGUAGAAGGGACGGACUGAUAUCAAAUUCAUCAGAGGCAGUAUCCGAUAUCCCGCGGCCAGUUAACAACUUCACUACUCUCCAGACAUUGUUUGCUAAUAAGGGUCUUGACUUAAAUGAUCUAGUUUUACUAUCCGGUGCUCAUACCAUUGGGGUUUCUCACUGUUCAUCGUUCUCCAACCGACUGUAUAAUUUUACUGGGGUUGGCGAUGAGGACCCGGCUUUGGACAGCGAAUAUGCAGCAAAUCUCAAGGCAAGAAAGUGUAAAGUAGCUACUGAUAAUACCACAAUAGUUGAGAUGGAUCCGGGAAGUUUUAGGACAUUUGAUCUUAGCUACUACACCCUUCUGCUCAAGCGACGGGGACUAUUCGAAUCAGAUGCGGCUUUGACGACAAACUCUGGGACAAAGGCUUUUAUCACUCAAAUCCUUCAAGGGCCCCUGUCGAGUUUCUUGGCUGAAUUUGCAAAAUCAAUGGAGAAGAUGGGUCGGAUCGAGGUGAAGACUGGAACAGCAGGCGAGGUCAGGAAGCAGUGUGCAGUGAUAAAUGGCUGAGAGUGAUUUUGUUAAGAGGAUUUUGUUUUGUGUCUGGGGUUGGGGUUUUAAUUGUUGUUGAUCUGGUAAUAAGACCAAGUGGGUGUGAAAAUAAAAUGGAAAUGCACAGUUUUCAUGUUGAAUUAGAAAUUUCUUCUCUGCA